UUUUUUUUUCUAUAUUUGAAAAUCGAAAAUAGUUGACGUGUAACGUUCACUGCAAAAAUAUAAUUUAUUUAAAAACGUGAAUAUAAAAAAAAAAUUUCAUGUAGAAAAGAAAUAACAUAUACGAUUAUUCAUUAAAAGGAUUAAAAUCUUAAAAAGCAAAAAAAAUUAUUUAUUUGCCAAUUCAUUGAAUGCUUUGAAUUAUAAAGAGUUCAACGUGUUACAAUGACAGUAUUUCUUUAUCUACCACAAACAAUUCAAUUUCUUUCUGUUUGUCACUAUAUUACUAGUUUUGGUCUUUUCUUUUACAAUGAAAAUUUACUGACAAUUAAUGAGAGAAAUGAAACUUUAUCAAUUAUAAAUGCAUUUUUUGACUAUUUAAAUAAAUCUGAAAACGAAUCAGAAGUGAAAUAUCAACUAUUGCGAAAUGUACUUAAGGGAACUGAUCUCUAUGGUGGAGGUGAAAAUGAAACACUUGACAUGAAAUACGUUAAUGAAACAUAUCAGUAUAUUAUUAGCACUACUUUAUUCUCACACUAUGGAAACAUAACUGGUUAUUUGGCAAAAAUAAUAAACAAAUUGGAUAAUGUCAAUAUUUCACGAAUUCGACAAAAAGUAUUGAAAAAUCUUACUAAAAAUUAUAUUUUCAAUGAUUAUUGUUCAUUAAAAAAAAAUGAAAGUAAAAAAUUAACAUCAUUGGCAAUUGAAAAAAUUUUGAAUGACUAUAUUUGGACUAUAUUUCCCGAAACAAAUGGUGAUAUGAAUUUAAUUGAUGUUAAUUAUUUAUAUGCAAUGGCUGGUUUAAAAAUGGCAAAAUCUAUGACAUCAAGAAAAAUUAAUAUGACUUUUGAUAAUUAUAUUUUAAUAGCGCGUCGAAUUGAAUAUUUAGCAUUAAAAAAUGAAAGUUAUUUCUCAGCUUUAGAAAUAUUUUCAACACCAGUUUUAUUUUUUUACGCUUAUAUUGAGAGAGAAAAAUUUCCUCAAACAAUUAAAGAAUUUACUAAUGAUUUUUGGAAUAAUGCAUAUGAAGAAUUAUUUUCCUAUUUUAAUAUUACAGUACAUGGUAUAAUACAGGAAGCAAUUGAAAGUAGUCUUUAUUACAAACUUGAAAAUAAAUUGAGAAAUUUAACUAGUCGAACAAUAAUUGCAAGUGAUAUAAUACAAAAUCGUUGUAAUUAUAAAAAUUUAGAAAGAGCUCCUUCAUUUUUAAUUAAAAUUUACAAAUUUUUUCCCACAUUAUUGGCAAAAUUUUUUUUACCAUCUUUUUGUAAUGUAACAAAAUUGCCUAAUUUAAAAAAUGAAUUUUCUAAAGAAUUUGAAAGUAUACGUGAUAUGUAUUUUGAAAUUAUAAAAAAAUCAAUUCAACGAAUAUUUGAAAUUGAAAAAUUAAUAAGAAAAUUAAAUUUAUCAAGAACAAGUGUUUAUUUAAUUCGAAUUUCACCAUAUGCACAACAUUUUAAUAUUCAAUUGAAAAAUUAUAUAUUAUUUGCAAUAAAAAAAGAUAAUACAACAGAAUUUUAUAUAUUACGUCAAGAUAACAGUGUCUUAAGUUUAAUAUCAAGAAAUAAUGAUAAAAAAUUAUUUAUCGAUACAUUGACAUUUGAUCCAGUUAAUGAAGAAGAAUCGUCAUUAUUUGAAAAAAUUUUAAAAAAAGAAAAUGAAACCACAGAAAUAUUUAUUAAUUCAUUGGCUAAAAUAAAAACAAAACGAUUUAUAAAUGCAUUGGAGAAAUAUUAUAGAGAACCAAUAGCCGGUGAGAAAUUUCUUAAUUUUUUUUUUUCUUUUGUACCAUUCUAUAAUUGUGUAAAUUAUUUAAAAAAAGGAAAACGUGUAAGAGCUGCACUCACUUGUUCAAUGGAAAUUUUUCACUAUAUUCCCCUUCCAUUUGGAUUAAAUAAAUAUACAUCACUUGUUCAAUCAAUGUUUUCAUUACAACAUCAUGAAAAAUUAUUGGUGAAUCAAACAAUUUCAGAAAUUGCAAAUAUAUCCGGUUUAGCAAAAUAUCGUUCAACAUUCUCACCAAUAUUAAAAACAACAAAUGAAAAUAUUGAAAAUAUUAAACGAAGAAAUAAAAUUAUUAAACAAUUAUCAUCAAAUUCAAAAGAAACAUUCAAAAGUGGUUUGGAAUUAUUUUUUCAUUUAAGUGAAUUUGGAGUUAAAUUUUCGAUAGAUUUAUUGAAAAAUAUAUUAUCAAUAGCGGAAUAUAAUUUAAAAUUUUAUGAAAUUGAUGUAGAAACGAGAAAAAUUUAUUUUCAUCUCAAUAGACAUAAACCAAGUAAAGUGGAUUUUACGGGUUUAGUUCCACAAUAUAAUGGUCAUAGUUUUAGAUAUUUUUAUCCGGGAGGAGAACAUUUAUUUGGACCAAAGUUUAUGAAUUUAUUUCAUAAACAUGUUCAACUGAGAACCAUUAGAAAUAAUCCAUUGGAAAUAUUUAUUAUUCCAUCGGAACAAAGUGAAAAAUUUCUUCUCUUUAGGGAAAUUAAUUUAGAGACGGGAAAAAUUUCCACAUGUUCGCUAAUGUUUGAUAAUAAUGAUAUGCUGCAUUUUGGAUAUUUAAGGGAACAAUUCGAAUCAAGGGAAUGUGAUUCUUUAGGUUUACAUCGUGAUGUAUCAGGGCAUGAUUUAGAAAAAAAGAAUUUAGAUUUUGAUAAAAAUUUUAGAACGAAAAAUAGAAAUUCAAUGAAACAUUUAAGAAAAUCAUCACGUUUCAAAAGGGAAAUUAAUUUAGUUAAUAGAUCAUCAAAAUUAGAUGAAAAAUCAAAUUCUAAAGAAUAUUUCAAUUUAAAAAGUUUAAAAGAAUCACUUUUUAAUGUACCAUCAAAAAUUGCUAAGAAAUCAGACAAUUUAGACGAAUUCAAUUUGGAUUCAGCGAAUUCAGAUUUAAGUGAAUUAACAGAAAAUCCUAGAAUUAAAACUAAAGGUUCUAAAAUUGUUAAGGAUUCAGCAAAAAAUUCAGAAGAUUACACUUCAGAUUCUAGUGAGUUUUCAGAAAAUUUUUCGAAAACAAAAAAUUCAAAACCCAAAGAAUUAACAAAACAUCUGGAAAAAAUGCCAUCAGGUCAUCAUGAAUCUUCAGGAAAAUUUCAUUUAGAAGAAACAAAUAAUAUUUCAAUUUUAGACGCAAAACGAAUUAUUAAAAAAAUUUAUGCUGGAAUUUACGAACAGAAUAUAACAGAGGCAUAUGAAAUUUACAAAAAUUCAUCAACAAUAUGGAAGAGUCUUCAAUUUGAAGAUUAUUACGCUCUACGUUCAUUAGCAAAAAAUAAUAUCCUAAUGAAUAAAGAUACAAAUAGACGAAUAAUUAAUGCAAUUUAUAAAUUGGCUUGUAAACAACAAAAUGAAAAAUGGAUUAUAAACCCAAUUGUUCUUUAUAGAAUUAGAAAAUUUUCACCGGAAGUCUACAAUGAUUAUUUAUCAUUAAAAAGGAAAAGUCAUGUUUUUUUUAAGCAAAUGAAAUUUUUUUCUAUAAAUCGUGACAAUGAAGAGAGAAGACAUUUAAAUGAGACAGUUAAUAUUUUUCGUAAACCAAUAUUAUUUGAAAUUCAAUUAAAUAAUCAAAUUGGAGUUGCUGAUUUGGGACGUAUUAUUGAUGAGGAAAAUAAUUUACAUGUAAUUCCACCAAAAAUGAUGUUUAUAAUUGAUGAUGUUGUUCCAAUGAAUAUAAAAGAACAAGAAGUGCUUGUUAUUAAAAUGCAUGAUUUGGAAAAUUCACGUGAGAAAAAAAUAAAUAAUUUGAUAAAUGAAAUUCAAAUUAUUGCAAAAACUGAUACGGAAAUUUAUGCAUCUCGAAAGUAAGAUUAUAAAUUAUUAACACUGACUAUUAAAAUAGUAUUUUUAUUCAAAAUUAAUUAAUCAUUAAUGAUAAAUUAAUAAUCUAAUUAAAAUUAAUUACAAUUUAUUAAUGAUUUGUUAACAUUUAUUAAUAUUUCUUAAUAUUUAUUAAUAUGCCAUAAUUAAUUUAGUAUUGUGAACGAAAUAAUUUAAGUCAUAUAAUGUUGUAAUUGAAAAAUUAAAUGUUGAUUUUAAUGUUAAUAACAAAAACAAUAAAAUGUAGAAAUAUAUAUGGCUAACAAUAAAGUUCGGAAAG